AUGGCCACGUUCCAGCCACGCUCAUUUUAUGGUAACUCUUCGCGUGAUGUAGUUGAAAGUGAUGACAAUUUCAGUGAAGAAAACAACUAUAUCCCUCCGUCAGAUGAUAAAAAGACGUCCUCUGCUGAUUUGAGCGAAAGUAGAGAUGAAGAUGAAACGACUGCUCAAGACAACCGCGGAGCCGCUCAGCCACAAGCAUCGUCCUUGAGUUUGUACACGAACAAUCUCCCGGACUUUCCUGUGCUUACCUUCAGUGUGAGUAAUCCCAAAUCACAAAUUGGGCCCUCAAAUCUUCAAUCUGAACUCCAGUUUUUUCAAUUAUUUUUUACGGAUCAACUGAUUGGAGAAAUCGUUCACGAAACAAACCGGUAUGCGUGCGAGAAGAUUUCGUCUGCGGAACCUCUUGCAAAACAUUCCAUUUGGAAAAGCUGGGAGGACGUCACUGUCGAUGAGUUCAAAGCAUUUCUCGGAGUCCUUAUGAACAUGGCACUGAAUCCCAAGCCAGACAUCAAAGAGUACUUCAGCGAAGAAAUUCUGAAGAAGAUGCCUUUUUUUCGACUGGUGUUCACUCGAACAAGAUUUCUGCAAAUUUUCUGGAUGCUGCACGUUUCUCCUCCUCCGCAAGGCCCAUCAGGACAGCCGACACGUGGCAGCAAGGUGAGAAACGUUGUCAGCUACAUUGAUUCAAAGUGCAGAGAGCAUAUCAAGCCCGGUCCAAAGAUUUGCGUAGAUGAGAGCACCGUGGGCUUCAAGGGGCGAGUCUCCUUCAAGUGCUACAACCCACAGAAGCCGACAAAGUGGGGCCUUCGGGUGUAUGUACUCGCAGACUGCGCAUCUGGGUAUGUUUCUGCAUUCGGGCCAUACUACGGCAGCACUACUACGGAGAGCCUCCCUCGGCCAGACCUUCCUUUCACUUGUCGAAUCGUCCUUCACCUUCUCGACAAAGUGCAGUGCGCUUCGCCUGGAAAGGGGUACCACCUGUACACAGAUAGGUUUUAUACGUCGCCAACACUCGCCGAGGAGUUGCUUUCGCAGGACGUCAAGCUGACGGGGACUGUGAUGACCAAAAGAAAAAAAAAAAAAAAAUUGUUCCUGUGCCGAUUUCCAGCCAACAAGUAUGCCUCAGUCCGUGCCGGGACCAUGCCAUCCAGGUACAAAGACUGUUCAGUUUUUACUUCAUUGGGGCAGAUUUUGUCUCUAACUGGGUUGAAUGUGGCAGAGCUCUUCAGGUGGAUGUUUCUGGAGGGGGUGGCAGACGAAGCGGAAGCAUUGAUGAACCCAGCGGAUGAAAUGGACGAAGAAUUCUCCUAUGCUCCGUACCUGUCCGACCUCAACUUGGUUCCCCGGUCCCCUUACUCUGCGGUGGCAAACCCAAUGCUUCAUCAGUGGCUCCACAUCUUUCUCAAAUGUCCACCACUCGACGGAAGCAGUCUCUUUUUGAAACUGAUCCUGAAUUACGAUGCAUGCAGAGAAGUGGAAACCACUUGGAGUUCGCCAAGAGUAGACGGGGAUGCGAGGUGCAAUCCAUUCGAGGUGAACAUGCUUGCGACUCGUGCUGUUCUCAGUACGGGGAACAAACAGACUAUACUCAAUAACUUGUGCGCUGCUUUGAACAUUUCUAAGCGAGGCAUGCACACGAAGACGUACAAGAAGUAUGUUAAAAACAAGCUCAACCCUGCCGCUCGGAGGGCUGUCGCAUCGGUUAUGAGCUCAAUUUUGUCAUGCUCUCGAACUUUUGCUUGGGUUGUGAGCUCGGCCCAAAAGAAGGCGACCUUGGGCAAGAACAGCGGCGAGCAGGCCACGGGUACCAAAUGA